AUGUCAAGCGCCCACCCAGACUUCGAAAAAACCCAAGCCGCGCGCCCAGACUGGCGCCAGGGCGCCGAAGUCGUCUACACCAAGUCCCCAAACCCCACAUGGAAGUACGGAGAUGGAGCAAAUGAUAACGGCGAGAGCUUGAAGAAAAACCACGUCGAGAUCGAUCCCAAUGCCGAAGGCCGGCCUGCAGUCUCCAACUAUAAGCUCCUGAUCUCGGGAAUGGUGCCUCGGCCCAUCGCCUUGGUUAGCACUCGAUCAGCUGAUGGCAAGUCUACAAACCUGGCACCUUUCAGUUACUCGCAGGUUGUCUGCCAUGACCCUCCACUCUUCGUCGUUGGGUUCUCGGGCUCUUUCGAGAAGGCAAAGGAUACAUUGAAGAACUUGGCCGAGACGAAGGAAUGUGUUGUCAAUAUUAUCUCAGAACACUUCAUCGAGGCGGCCAAUUCUACUUGUAUCAAUGCUCCAUACGGUGUAUCUGAGUGGGAGACCUCGGGACUGCACCAGGCUCCCAGCGCCGUGGUCAAGGCUGCCCGUGUUAAGGAGUCUGUGCUGUCGAUUGAAGCUAAGCUUGUUGAAAUUAAGGAGUUUGAGAGUCGCGCUACUCCUGGCAAGAAGUCUGGUUGUAUGGCUAUGGUUGAAGGUGUUCGCUUCUGGGUCAGAGAUGAUGCUGUCAAUGAGGAGAGGAGUGCUAUCGACUUGAAUGUUUUAAAGCCUGUUAGUCGGCUUGGUGGUAUCACUUAUGGUCGGACUACGGAGGUUAUUGAGAUUCCUCGGCCUCAGUACUAG